CACUUGUGGAGGGGUUGCUUGGGAUACCCCAAACACCAUGGAGAUCCAUCCCUAGAUAAGGGGUUACCCGGGAUACCCGGGCUCUAUGGAGGUCCGCCCCUGAAGAUAAGUGGCUACUUGUGAACUUACAAUCUUCCAAGGAGUUCAGCUCACAUAUGCUUAAUCGAGAUACAUGGAGAAAUGAAGCAGUUUCUCAAACUGUUAGCACCAACUUUAUUUUCUGGCAGGUAUAUGAUGAUACAAGUGAGGGGAGGAAAGUUUGCACCUAUUACAAGCUAGAUUUAGUUCCUGUAGUGCUUAUUAUUGACCCAAUCACAGGACAGAAAAUGCGCUCCUGUUGUGGAAUGGUUCAACCUGAGAGUUUGUUGGAGGACCUGAUUCAAUUCAUGGAUGGUGGCCCAAGGGAUUAUCAUGCAACUCUGUCUCAUAAACGUCCAAGAGGAAGCUCAAUUACACUGCAACAAAAAAUUAAAGCCCUGCACCGGAUUGCAACAUUGAGCCAUGACGAGCUGGGUCAGGUAAAUUUUCAAAUAUUUGAGCAAUUAUAUCUAUGAUGUGUUAGGAUGUUAUAUAUAACUGUUUUUAUCAUGUA